AGAUGCGGUGACAGGAUAAUAUGGGCGUUCGAGCCUCCGUUUCCCAGGAGGAAAAUUGCCAGAGGCCGCAGCACCCGAGCGCCGAGAGCUCUUAAAGCGGCCUGCCUGGGAGGGGCGUGCGACCGGUGGCAGCAUCCGUCCAGGUGGGCUCGGCUGAGCGCAGCCCCCGGCCCCGGGGCCCUCACCCCGGCUCCCCAAAGGCUCUCCCGCUCGCUCCCACCGAGUGCCCGGCCCCGGGACUUUUUUAUUCCGUCGCUGCCAGUGGGCGCUUCGCGGGCCGAGGCCCGGCGCCUGCUCUCCUUGCCCGCGCUGCCUUUAGCGGUCGCCGCCGCCGCCGCCUCUGCCAGGGACGUGCUGGGAAAGCCGAAGCCCCGGGAGAAGAUGCCGGCCAUCCUGGUCGCCUCCAAAAUGAAGUCGGGACUGCCCAAACCGGUGCACAGCGCCGCGCCCAUCCUGCACGUGCCCCCUGCCCGGCCCGGCCCCCAGCCCUGCUACCUCAAGUUGGGGAGCAAGGUGGAGGUGAGCAAGACCUCGUACCCUAGCCAGAUCCCCCUGAAAUCGCAGGGGCUGCAGGAGCCGGCGGGGGAGGGGCUCCCGCUGCGAAAGAGCGGCUCCGUGGAGAACGGGUUCGACACCCAGAUCUACACAGACUGGGCCAAUCAUUAUCUCGCGAAAUCCGGCCACAAGCGUCUCAUCAAGGACCUCCAGCAAGAUGUGACGGAUGGCGUCCUCCUGGCCCAGGUCAUCCAGGUUGUAGCAAACGAGAAGAUUGAAGACAUCAAUGGCUGUCCCAAGAACAGAUCGCAAAUGAUUGAAAACAUAGAUGCCUGCUUGAAUUUCCUGGCAGCUAAGGGCAUCAACAUCCAAGGGCUGUCUGCAGAAGAAAUCAGGAAUGGCAACCUCAAGGCCAUCCUAGGCCUCUUCUUCAGCCUCUCGCGGUACAAGCAGCAGCAGCAGCACCACCACCACCUCUCCUCACCUCUGCCGCCCGCCGGCUCCCAGCCAGCUGGCACCCCCUCCCAGGGCCAGCCUCACCAGCCGCAGCAAGCCGCGCCUCAUCAGCAGUCCAAAGCACAAGCUGAGAUGCAGUCCAGCGCACCAUCCAAGGAUUCAUCUCAAAGCAAAAUCAUCCGCUUCACUCUCGGUCAGAAAAAGAUCUCUAGACUCCCAGGUCCUACCACGAGGGUGUCCGCUGCAGGCAAUGAGGCCAAAGCCCGGGGAGGAACAGCCGCUGCCAACAAUCGGCGCAGCCAGAGCUUUAACAACUACGACAAGUCCAAACCAGCCACCUCCCCGCCCCCACCACCGAGCAACCACGAGAAAGAGCCAUUGGAAAGCCCAGCCUCCUCCCAGCCCGGAAUGAGUGAGCAUGCACCUGCUGCUUCGGACGCAGGCAGCUCCAGCCCCGCCACCUGCAGUGCCUCCUCAGCCAUCCCCCAGCCCGGGGCCGCCUCCAAGCCCUGGCGCAGCAAGUCGCUCAGCGUGAAGCACAGCGCCACAUCGUCCAUGCUCUCCAUCAAGCAGCCCGUGCCCGAGGGCCCCCGGCCCGGCCCCGAAGCCAGCAAGCCUGCUCCCAACAAUCAGAAGUCCAUGCUGGAAAAGCUCAAACUCUUCAACAGCAAAGGGGCCUCCAAGGGUGGCGAGAGCCCCGGGUGCCGGGACGCGAGCGGUGAGCGGCUGGAGAUCCUGCCCAGCUUUGAAGAGAGCGAGGAGCUGGAGGCCGCCAGCCGUGCCCCCUGCACCCCGGGCCCUGCGGCCAAUAGCCCCAAGAUUGCCCUCAAGGGCAUCGCCCAGAGGACCUUUAGCCGGGCGCUGACCACCAAGAAGAGCUCCCCAAAGAGCAACGAGAAGGAGAAGCCUCAGCGGGAGAAGGACAAGGAGAGGAGCAAGGACCUGGCCAAGAGAGCCUCUGUGACCGAGAGGCCGGACCCCAGAGAGGAGCCCAGGGAGGACCCCGGCGGGGCUGCGGGGACUGAGGUGCCCAAAAAGUCCUCCAAGAUCUCCAGCUUCAUCCCCAAAGGGGGCAAGCUUGGCAGUGCCAAGAAGGAGGCCUCAGCCCCUCCACACAGUGGGAUACCAAAACCAGGCAUGAAGAGCGGGCCCGGGAAGCCUCCGGGGGCCUCCGCACCUGCCAAGGAAGGUGAGCGCAGUCGGAGCGGGAAGCCGGGCUCAGGGCUUCCCCAGCAGAAGCCCCCGCUGGACAGUAGACACUCCAGCUCCUCCUCCAGCCUGGCUUCCUCAGAAGGCAAGGGCCCCAGCGGAACCACCCUGAGCCACAGCAUCAGCAGCCAGACCGUCGGGGGCUCGGCCGGGACCACGCACACCACAGGGAGCAAUACCGUCAGUGUUCAGCUACCUCAGCCCCAGCAGCAGUACAGCCACCCCAACACUGCCACGGUCGCGCCUUUCCUGUACAGGUCCCAGACGGACACGGAGGGGACUGUCACGGCCGAGUCCAGCUCAGCGGGCAUGAGCAUGGAGCCCAGCCACUACACCAAGACUGGACAGCCCGUCCUGGAAGAACUCACCGGGGAAGAUCCAGAGGCUCGGCGGCUGCGGACGGUGAAGAACAUCGCCGACCUGCGGCAGAAUUUGGAGGAGACCAUGUCCAGUUUACGGGGAACUCAGGUUACACACAGCACAUGUAGCACGUUGGAAACCACGUUCGACACCAAGGUCACCACGGAAGUCAGUGGGCGCAGCAUCCUCAGUCUGACCGCCAGGCCCACCCCGCUGUCCUGGAGGCUCGGACAGUCCAGCCCCCGCCUCCAAGCAGGGGACGCCCCCUCUAUGGGCAACGGCUACCCACCUCGAGCAAAUGCCAGCCGCUUCAUCAACACGGAGCCCGGCCGCUACGGGUACUCCGCCCCGCUGAGAAGGCAGCUGGCCACCAGGGGCAGCAGCGUCUGCCAUGGGGACAGCUCGGACAAGGCGGGAGAGGAGCUGGAACUGGAGGGCGUCGGCGUGGACGCCCCUGGCUACAUGAGCGACGGGGACGUGCUGAGCAAGACCCUGCGGACCGACGACAUCACUAGCGGGUACAUGACGGAUGGUGGGCUGGGCCUCUACACCCGGCGCCUGAACCGGCUCCCUGAUGGGAUGGCUGUGGUGCGGGAGACCCUUCAACGAAAUACCUCCCUGGGCCUCGGAGACGCUGACAGCUGGGAUGACAGCAGUUCCGUCAGCAGCGGGAUCAGCGACACCAUAGACAACCUCAGCACUGAUGACAUCAACACCAGCUCCUCCAUCAGCUCCUAUGCCAACACACCUGCCUCAUCUCGCAGAAACCUGGAUGCACAGACGGACACCGAGAAGCACUCGCAGGUGGAGAGGACCUCCCUGUGGUCUGGUGAUGAGAUCAAGAAAUCCGACGGAGGGUCAGACAGCGGCGUGAGGAUGGAGCCAGGCGCCAAGUGGCGGCGGAACCCCUCGGACGUGUCCGAUGAGUCCGACAAAAGCACCUCGGGCAGGAAGACGGCCGUCGUCUCCCAGACAGGCUCGUGGCGGCGAGGCAUGACGGCGGCCCAGGUGGGCAUCACCAUGCCCAGGACGAAGCCGGCUGCCCCGGCGGGCACACUGAAGACGCCGGGGACUGGGAAGACAGACGACGCCAAGGUGUCUGAGAAAGGCCGGCUCUCGCCCAAAGCCUCGCAGGUGAAGCGCUCCCCAUCGGAUGCGGGCCGCAGCAGUGGUGAUGAGUCCAAAAAGCCCCUGGCCAGCAGCUCCCGGACGCCCACCGCCAACGCCAACAGCUUCGGCUUCAAGAAGCAGAGCGGCUCGCCUGCCGGCCUGGCCCUGAUCACGGCCAGUGGAGCCACGGUCACCAGCAGGUCAGCCACACUGGGCAAAAUCCCCAAGUCGUCUGCACUGGUGGGCCGGACUACGGGCCGUAAGACCAGCAUGGAUGGGGCUCAGCAUCAGGAGGACGGCUACCUGUCUCUCAGCUCUCGGACGAACUUGCAGUACCGAAGCCUGCCCCGGCCCAGUAAGUCUGGCAGCCGGAGCGGAGCUGGGAACCGGUCCAGCACCAGCAGCAUAGACUCCAACAUCAGUAGCAAGUCCGCCGGGCUGCCGGUGCCCAAGCUGAGGGAGCCUUCCCGAACAGCCCUGGGCAGCUCCCUCCCAGGUCUCGUCAACCAGACGGAUAAGGAGAAAGGCAUCUCAUCCGACAGCGAGAGCGUGGCUUCCUGUAACUCGGUCAAAGUGAACCCGGCAGCUCAGCCUGUGUCCAGUGCGGCGGCAGCUCAGGCCUCUCUCCAGCCUGGGGCUAAGUACCCCGACGUGGCCUCGCCCACGCUCCGCAGACUCUUUGGUGGGAAGCCUUCCAAGCAAGCGCCCAUGGCCACAGCUGAAAACAUGAAAAAUUCAGUGGUCAUCUCCAACCCUCACGCCACCAUGACCCAGCAAAGUAACUUGGAUUCCCCGUCGGGCAGCGGCGUCCUGAGCAGCGGGAGCAGCAGUCCCCUCUACAGUAAGAAUGUGGACCUCAACCAGUCCCCUCUAGCCUCCAGCCCCAGCUCAGCCCACUCGGGCCCCUCCAACAGCCUCACAUGGGGCACCCACGCCAGCAGCUCCUCGGCCGUGAGCAAGGACAGCCUGGGCUUCCAGUCCGUGAGCAGCCUCCACACCAGCUGCGAGUCCAUCGACAUCUCCCUCAGCAGUGGAGGGGGCCUGAGCCACAACUCCUCCAGUGGCCUCCUCGCCUCCUCCAAGGACGACUCCCUGACACCCUUCGUCAGGACCAGCAGCGUGAAGACCACGCUGUCGGAAAGCCCUCUCUCCUCCCCUGCCGCUAGCCCUAAGUUCUGCAGAAGUACUCUGCCCAGGAAGCAGGACAGCGACCCGCACCUUGAUAGGAACACUUUGCCUAGGAAAGGACUCAGGUAUACUCCCACCUCCCAGCUUCGCACCCAAGAAGACGCGAAAGAAUGGUUACGGUCCCAUUCGGCAGGGGGCCUGCAGGACACCGCUGCCAAUUCUCCCUUUUCCUCCGGCUCCAGUGUCACCUCGCCUUCUGGAACAAGAUUCAACUUCUCCCAGCUCGCGAGCCCUACCACUGUCACCCAGAUGAGCUUGUCCAACCCAACGAUGCUGAGGACCCACAGCCUGUCCAAUGCCGAUGGGCAGUACGACCCGUACACUGACAGCCGCUUCCGGAACAGCUCCAUGUCCCUGGACGAGAAGACCAGAACCAUGAGCCGCUCCGGCUCCUUCCGGGACGGGUUUGAAGAGGUUCACGGAUCCUCACUCUCCUUGGUCUCCAGCACAUCGUCGAUUUAUUCCACACCAGAAGAGAAGUGCCAGUCGGAGAUUCGCAAACUGCGGCGGGAGCUGGAUGCGUCCCAGGAGAAGGUUUCUGCUCUGACCACUCAGCUGACAGCCAAUGCUCACCUUGUGGCAGCCUUUGAGCAGAGUCUUGGAAACAUGACCAUCAGACUCCAGAGUUUGACCAUGACAGCUGAGCAAAAGGAUUCAGAACUGAAUGAGUUAAGGAAAACCAUUGAGCUACUUAAGAAACAGAAUGCAGCCGCCCAAGCUGCUAUUAAUGGAGUCAUUAACACACCAGAGCUCAACUGCAAAGGAAACGGCUCCUCCCAGGCUGCAGACCUCCGCAUCCGCAGGCAGCACUCCUCCGACAGCGUCUCCAGCAUCAACAGCGCCACCAGCCACUCCAGCGUGGGCAGCAACAUAGAGAGUGAUUCCAAGAAAAAGAAGAGAAAGAACUGGGUCAAUGAGUUACGCAGCUCCUUCAAGCAAGCUUUUGGGAAGAAAAAGUCUCCAAAGUCGGCGUCUUCUCAUUCGGACAUUGAGGAGAUGACGGACUCUUCGCUGCCUUCUUCGCCCAAGUUACUGCACAACGGUCCCGCAGGGUCCACGCCUCUGCUGAGAAAUUCUCACUCCAACGCCCUCAUCUCCGAGUGCAUGGACAGUGAAGCCGAGACCGUGAUGCAGCUCCGGAACGAGCUGCGGGACAAGGAGAUGAAGCUCACCGAUAUCCGAUUGGAGGCCCUCAGCUCUGCCCACCAGCUCGACCAGCUGCGGGAGGCCAUGAACAGGAUGCAGAGUGAAAUCGAGAAGCUGAAAGCAGAGAAUGACCGGCUGAAGUCCGAGUCGCAGGGCAGCGGCUGCAGCCGGGCCCCCUCCCAGGUGUCCAUCUCCGCCUCCCCCAGGCAGUCCCUGGGCCUCUCCCAGCACAGCCUGAACCUCACGGAGUCAACCAGCUUGGACAUGUUGCUGGAUGACACUGGUGAAUGCUCGGCUCGGAAGGAAGGAGGCAGGCAUGUUAAGAUAGUUGUCAGCUUUCAGGAGGAAAUGAAGUGGAAGGAGGAUUCCAGACCGCAUCUCUUUCUUAUUGGCUGCAUUGGAGUUAGUGGGAAGACGAAGUGGGAUGUGCUCGAUGGUGUGGUUAGACGGCUGUUCAAAGAAUACAUCAUUCAUGUUGACCCGGUGAGUCAGCUAGGGCUGAACUCCGACAGCGUCCUGGGCUAUAGCAUCGGGGACAUCCGGCGGACCAACACGUCUGAAAUGCCGGAGCUGCUGCCCUGUGGUUACCUGGUUGGGGAGAACACAACCAUCUCUGUGAGCGUCAAAGGGCUCGCGGAAAACAGCCUGGACGCUUUGGUGUUCGAGUCUCUGAUCCCCAAGCCCAUCCUGCAGCGCUACGUAUCCCUGCUGACAGAGCACCGGCGGAUCAUUCUGUCUGGCCCCAGUGGCACCGGCAAGACCUACCUAGCAAACCGGCUGUCCGAGUACAUGGUGCUUCGAGAGGGCCGGGAGCUGACUGAUGGUGUCAUCGCCACCUUCAACGUGGACCACAAGUCCAGCAAGGAAUUGCGCCAGUACCUUUCCAACCUGGCUGAUCAGUGCAACAGUGAGAACAAUGCCGUGGACAUGCCUCUUGUCAUCAUCCUGGACAACCUGCAUCACGUCAGCUCCCUGGGCGAGGUCUUCAAUGGGCUGCUCAACUGCAAGUACCAUAAAUGUCCUUACAUAAUCGGAACCAUGAACCAGGCUACCUCCUCAACACCCAAUCUGCAACUUCACCACAACUUCAGGUGGGUGCUCUGUGCCAACCACACGGAGCCCGUGAAGGGCUUCCUCGGCCGCUACCUGCGGAGGAAGCUCAUGGAGACGGAGAUCGGUGGGCGGAUGCGGAAUGUGGAGCUCGGGAAGAUCAUCGCCUGGAUCCCCAAGGUCUGGCAUCACCUCAACCGCUUCCUGGAGGCUCACAGCUCCUCAGACGUCACCAUCGGCCCCCGGCUCUUCCUCUCGUGCCCCAUCGACGUGGAUGGCUCCCGAGUGUGGUUCACUGACUUGUGGAACUACUCCAUUAUCCCGUAUCUCCUGGAAGCAGUCAGGGAAGGACUCCAGCUGUAUGGCAGGCGAGCUCCUUGGGAGGAUCCGGCCAAGUGGGUGACGGACACGUACCCAUGGGCUGCCAGCCCCCAGCAGCACGAGUGGCCCCCGCUGCUGCAGCUGCGCCCUGAGGACGUGGGUUUUGAUGGCUACUCCGUGCCUCGGGAGGGCUCCACGAUCAAGCAGGGCCCCCCCAGCGACACAGAAGGAGACCCACUGAUGAACAUGCUGAUGAGGCUGCAGGAGGCUGCCAACUACUCCAGCCCGCAGAGCUACGACAGCGACUCCAACAGCAACAGCCACCACGACGACAUCCUGGACUCGUCCUUGGAGUCCACGCUGUGACCAGGGGCCCAGCCAUUGUGCUAGCCCUCCUCCCUCCUGAGCCCCCUUCUCCCUCACCCACCGCUCCAUCCCGAAAGCGAUGGUUUCUUGAGCCAGCCCUCCCUAGCCGCAGUGCCAGAGCUGCAGAAAGAGCAAGACCCCGCGUCCCUCCACCCCGCACCCCGCCCUGCCCGGGGUGCAGCCCCCUCCCCAGUCCACCCAGCGGGGGACCGCCUCCCUCUGGCCAUCGGAACUGUUUUAUUUUAGUUUGACGCUUCGGUUCUGCCUUGUUGCUGUGACCUCCCUAAGACACUGAAGCGACUUGUCAGGGAAGGCCGUCACCGUUGAAAGGGGGACAGAAAGACCCCACGAGAAGCUCUGAAACCAAACCACCUCCUCCCCGAGCGGCCCAGGGACGGCCCGGCUGGGGGCAACGCUGGCAAGUGUCCCAGAGCGCACGGCCGCCCGGAGAGAACUGGUGCUACGUGGAGUGCCCACACACCCCACAUACACGCACACUACACACACACGCCCCUUCUGGGAAAAGCAAGCAUGCUCUUUCGGUUCGGUUUGACCAUGGUGCUCACCUUCUCGGAGAUCGACUGCCCGCUCCUUUCAGGUCCAUCUGCUUCCGGGUCACGCCCGCCUGCCAGCGGGAGCCUCAGCGGGCGGCCGUGGCAGCACGUCCGCUUCCCGGUUAUAUAUAUAUAUAAAACACGAAUCAGGUUUUGUUUCCCCGACACUGUGUAUUGUGAGCGCGGUUCCCCUCGGGGACCCCUUAGACGAGACACCGCCCUCCCCGCCCCUCCGGUCCGUCAAAACUGGCGAAAGGAACCACCGCAGGCGCUGCGUUUCCAUUUGGCCGGGCCCUGCUCACGUUUGCUUUUCAGGGGUCCUUCCUGCCCGCACGUCCUACACACCCGCCGCAGGGGGUGGGCGUGGGGGGCUGUGUCCGCCCUCAGGGCACGGCCGAGCCACCUCGCAAGACUUGCACUUUCUCCGGAACCGACGUGAUGACGCAGCUGGGGCGGGGCGAGUGGUGGCCACGCCUCCCCAGCAGCCUGGCCCCGCCCCGCUUCCAACAGGACCGGCCUGGCCUGACCUCUUCGGUGCUGACCUCCCCAAAGAGAUGCCUUACUGGUUUUGUAUAACCGUGUUCAUCUCCACGCGUGCCAUGCCUGCCUGGGGGUUCGUUUGGGAUUUUUUUUUUUCUGGGAGGGUGGGGGAUUGGUUUGGUUUGGUUUUUCCCCUCCCAUCAAAGCAAACAGGGCUAAAAAGUCAUCUUUUUAUUAGGAGAACUCAAUUUGCUGUAAUUAUUCUCAUCUGAAAAGCCUCAGUGGUGGUGUGAAUGUGUGACUGUGGGCAAACCGGAAAAAACAAACCCAUUUGGGGUUCCCACCAGCCUCCAGUCAGCCACCAGGCUGGCAUCAUGAGCCAUCCAAUUCGGGCCAAGGCCGACUUCCCUCCCGCAGACGGCACCGCCCCCUGGGGAACCCCACUUCAUCCAUGUCUUCAGCAUACUGGCAUUUCCUUUCCUACGUGGUAAACCGUGGCGUUUGUUUCUGGUUGACAGAGAGGCCCUUGUUGGAGCCCCGUGAGGUUUUCUAGGUGAGCGAUCGGGGGGUGUUCAACGCCACCUUUGGCAUUGCCAUCUCUGAGGGCAGGACUCUUUCUUUAUCUCCUUUCGCAAGUGGCCUGCAUGCAGCUGCUCAGUCAUCUGGGGCAACACCUCUCUCUGCCUCUUGGAAAGGAAAGGGGGAAGGUGUCGCAGCAGCUGGGGAGAGCAAAGCCUUGCCUUUCCGUCCCCGCUCUGGUCUCACUGAGCCCAGGCUGUUCAGCUGAACCUCAGUCCUCAACCGCGUGUGUCUGGUUCUGUUCUUGUCAUUGGUGAAACUUUUCAACUAUCGACUUAGCCUGUGACCAGGGGGCGUGGGGGGAGGGGCGGCAAGCAUUGAGCCUCUGGUGAAAGAGUGGCCCUUCUCAGACAGUUCCUCCCCCCUCCCCCUGACCAUGACCUUAUACCCUCAUACUGUGAAUCUGGGAGGAGGUGAAGUGGACUUCUCCCGGUGGGCAGUUUUCCAAGUCACCUUGAGUAGACAACACCUGCCAAUCUUGUUUCAAACACCCCACCCCACCCCCCCACACACACCCUUGGGACACCCUCUUCCUCUUCUCCCAUCUGCCACAAUGCUCCUGGGCUCACACCCGAGAGCUCUGUGCCUGGUGCGGUCCGAUUGGUGAGUGGCCGUUCCAAGCAGCACUACCCUGGCCAGGUGCCACAACUCGGGUCCUUCCUAAAGUUUUGGGAAGCAGGGUUGUCUGCUAUGCACAUUUCUUCCUUUGAGCAUAUUUCCCUUUGUGUCACUCACCAUCGACAAAGUGACUUUGUGCUCACUUAGGGCUCUGUCCAAAAUGCUUCCAUUUUGCCUUUUUCUACAGUUAGGCUGAUUUUGAAAUGUAUGAAAUUCUAUGCAACAUUUUAUGUUGAGUUACCAAUGGAAGCCAAAAGUUUUCUUUCCAAACUGCUAAGAAGCAUACCGGCCAUAAAUAGCUAGGAAGACCUUUUAAUUUAAGG